GAUAGGUAGAGACCAUAAAAAGGGUUGAGUUCACUUCAGAAACAAACUGCCUCGUGUUCAUGAUUCGUGUCUUUCUAAGAUUAAGAACCACAACCAGACAAAAAAAGUAGAACAUGUAAAACUUAACUAUAUAGAUUGUGACCCUUAACCCAAUCUUUUUAUAUUAUUGUUCACUCUUCAAAAUCAUUAUUCUUCUCUUCUUUCACUUCCUCUGCUUCUUAUGUUCCUGUUUCAGACAGUUUUCUUGUGUUGUUCAUCAUUAAGCGGGUGUUAUAUUUAAGUUGAUGAAAUUAAAAAUUUCUGGGCAAAAACCAGUGCUGAUUUUUCUUGUGCUGAAAUUGGAGCCAGGAUUGUUACUAUGUCAAUCGCACCGAUUGAUAGCAUGACCUCAUUGAAUAGUGAUCUCUUCUAUGACAUAUUAAGACGGCUUGAUGGCCCUGCGUUGGCUAGUUUAGCUUGCACAUGUGCAGCAUUUUGUUCCAUCUCAAAAGAAGAGAGUCUAUGGGAAAACGUGUGUGCAUCUGUGUGGCCUUCAACCAAAAGGGAGGAUGUUAAAAGUUUAAUAUCCUCUAUUGGUGGUUUCAGAAAAUUCUAUGCCGAUUGUUUUCCUCUUAUCGUUAACAAGGAAGUCGGAGAGUAUCAGUGGAACAACCAUCUUGAGUAUCCUGAUGAUUGGACUGAAGCAGAAUACUACGGAGAUACAAAUGAAUUUGAAAGCAUCACCCCAUCAGAUUUUGUUUCCAUCGUAGACAUUAGGUUUAAGGAUAAACCAAUCUGCUCCAAAGUUCUAUCUGGAAUUCCAAACGCAAACGAUAACGGUGGUUGGUUCUACAACUGUCCUUUUCGUAUCGAUCUUCUCACUUACGCUGAUAGAGAUGAUAACAAUGCGGGGGAGGUGACCCUUUCUGUUUCCAACGGUCUUCCACCGAUUACAUCAAUGGAAAGGGAAAGAAAAGACGGGAAACUAUGGCACGAGCUUCGUGAUGGUCUGCUUCUUAGUUGGAUAUUAGUAAACAAGAAAAUAAAGCAAGCGGCUAAUCUUGCUAGCUGGAGUCCUCUUGACGGUCAAAGACAUUGGCCGACGGAUAAAGACUUUGUCAUCCGAUUUGGAUCGGUUCUACCGGCCAAAGACAUUCUUCCUUCUCAAGUAGUGCAGUGUAUCCUUGCCAUGAAGUUUAGAGUGGUUCACAUUGAAGAAGAGGGGUUUGAAACUACUUUAAAAUUAACAGAACUUAGCAUGCAGUUGGAAGACAUGGAAGGUGCUCAUGUUAAUGGAAAAAACAGUUUGCAUAUUCUUAAAGAAGCACUUAGCUGCAGAAGGAGCAAGAAUUAUAGUGAAGUUAUUGAAUCUUGUCAUAUGUACUCAAAAGUGCAAAAUGAGUUAAAAGAGGAGAAGAUGAGAAGUGAAAGUAGGUUGGAUACACUUUGUAUUUUAAGUGGCAUUGCUGCUUUUAUGACAUUCUGGUACUAUGUUUUGUGAAAUAACUAGGAUUUUGAGGACUCCUUUUUGUAAGAUAAAAUUCCUAAUAAAGUAACUAGUUGAUGAAAGUUUCACUGGUUUGAAAUUUGAAAUUCUCUUGGUAUGAAA